UCUGAACAGCCUUGCGACUGAUACCCAGCGAGCCAUCUCCGCCAACGCCUGAGAGAGAAAAAAGCGGCCGACCGCCUUCUUCGCGUCCUGGCUGCUCCUGGAAGUUUCUCUUUGUUUUGAAACCCGCCAGUUCCUCACCUCAAUUCCUUCAUCGAUUUUACGCUGAGCUUCUUGGCUUAUUGCUUGCAUUGCGCUGCAACUACGCGCAUCAAUCGCCCGUUGUCCGACGACACACGCGACGGGCCUACGCUUUGCUUCGAACACCAUCGAAGAAAUCCUUAACGCUCAUUCCACACCAUGAGUUUGUUCGGCGCACCAAAGCCCGCUGGGCAGACUGGGGGUCUCUUUGGAGGAGGUAGUUUCGGCGGCAGCACAUUAGGACAGUCAACACAGCAGCAGCAGCCGCAACAGCAACAACAGCAGCAGCAAUCCGGCAUGAGCUUGUUCGGAGGACAAAACCAGACCCAGGGAGGCGCAUUCGGCAACUCCAUGGCUCAGUCUCAGCAGCCGCAGCAACAACAGCAGCAACAGCAGCAGCAACAACAAAUGCCCAGCCUGUCGCAGUCGCAAGCACAGCUCUCGAGCUCACUCUGGCAACCCGGAAGGGAUACGCCUCAGAACCAAAAGCCCAUUCCCGAACAAAUGUCCCUCAUCUUCGAGAAGUGGAACCCCACGAACCCCAACUGCGCAUUCAAGCACUACUUCUACAACAAAGUCGACGAAGCCUCCGUCCCCUUCUACAAGCCUGGCCCACACGAAGACCCGAGAGACUGGGAGGAGGCGCUGCAGAAGAAGCCCGCGCCGGGCUACAUCCCGGUCCUUUGCACAGGCUUCUCCGGCGUCGCGGCCCGCCUCCAGACGCAGAAGAAGGUAGUGGGGGAACUCAACGUGCGCCUGCACCAGAUCAACGCCAGUCUUGACGCCAUCCUCUCACGGCACGACCUCGAGACCAGUGUACGUGCCCUUGCGGCCCGACGCCGUCACGUCGUCCUUCGCGAGCGGUGUCUCGCGCUGGCUGCCCGCGUGCAGGUGCUGCGCAACCGUGGAUACGCUCUCAGCGGUGACGAGGAUGAUUUGCGACUCAAGCUGGCGGAGCUGGAGCGCAAUGUGCAGGACCCUGCUCUGGCGGCGAGAGAGGAGGAGCUCUGGAGCCGCUUGAUUGUGCUCAGGGAUUACGCGGACCAGUUGAUGAAGGAGACGAAUAAGCCUGCUUUCGCGAGCGGCGAGGGUUUGAGCGAGGAGACUGAGCACAAGACGAAGAAGGUCUUGGAAGAUUAUGAGAAGCAAAUUCAGCAUCUCAAGAAGGAAGUCGAGUCCAUUACAAAAGACUUUGCGGACUGGGAGAAGGAGCGGAACCCGAGCUAGGGUAUCUAGGACGUUUGGGAUGAAAGUUAUUACCAGGCGUGUCAUAAUAGAGGACGGCGCGAGCGGACGCUUUUAUGUACGGGAUGGACGCAAAAGGGAGAUGGCCUAUUAGCCGCAUCAAGAAAAAGAACUGAGAGAGGGUAUUCCCUCCAACAACGCA